GACACACCUUUGUACUGGGGUAGGGGGGCGGGGGGGGGGGGUCUCUGACUGAGUUCACACGGAGCUAGAAAGGCAGCGAGAGAAAGCUGGGACAUACACACGCACACACACAAACAGAGAGAGAGAGAGAAUCUCCUCCCUCACUCUAUCAGACCCAAGCGCUUUCAUCCAGCGAACACCGAGCAGACUGUGAACAAAAAGCAGGAGAGAGACAGACAAAAUAAAAACCACUCGGGGAUUCAGCCGAGCUUGAACUGAGCAAAGAAAACCGUAAGUAAUUCAUACAGGAGAAGGAUUGGUGUGCGAGUAGGAGAUAAUUUCCACACGGUUCAGCCCGCGGGGAUAGCGUUGGUGGGCCCCACUGCUGUGGGACUUCGGGUCGCUUGUGGUUUCUCUCUCUCAGCACCAGCCCAAAAGUCCAAAGUUGCAACCAGCAGAUCGGAACUUUGGCCGGAAAGCUUUGGGAACAGUCUCUGGAAACCCUGCAGGGGGUUGGUUGGCAGAGCGGGCACACAGAGAAAGAGAGGAGAGAGGAUUUGCUAGAGGGGCCGAUGGAGCAGCGGGCAGCCGGCCUGGCCCAAGGGGAGAACCGCAGCUCCCGGCUCAGCUUCCUGCAGGAGUUCGCCAACCUGUCCUCGCUGUUCCAGGGCAUCCAGCUCAUCCAGGAGUUCAAGCCCCUCAUCAUCCCGUGCUACGCCCUGGUGGUCUUAGUCGGUAUCCUCGGCAACUACCUGCUCAUCUACGUGAUCUGCAAGACCAAGAAGAUGCACAACACCACCAACUUCCUGCUGGGCAACCUGGCUUUCUCAGACAUGCUGAUGUGUGCCACUUGCGUGCCCUUCACCCUGGCCUAUGUCUUUGAGCCCCGGGGCUGGAUCUACGGCAGGUUCAUGUGUUACUUUGUCUUCCUCAUGCAGCCAGUCACUGUCUUUGUCUCAGUCUUCACCCUGACUGUGAUCGCCGUGGAUCGCUACUAUGCCACAGUGCACCCCCUCAGGAAGAGGUUGACUAUCCCCGGCUGUGCCUACCUGCUGGUCACCAUCUGGCUGCUGGCAUGUCUGCUGACAGCCCCGGCCUUGGUGCACACCUACUACGUGGAGUUCUUCCACCAGGACCUGACCAUCUGCGAGGAGUUCUGGGUGAGCAUGGAGAAACCCAGGCUGUUCUAUGCCUACAGCACCCUGCUGGCCACCUACGUGCUGCCCUUCUUGGUCAUCUCGCUGUCCUACCUCCGCAUCUCCGUCAAGCUGAAGAACCGCGUGGUGCCUGGCAACAUCACCCAGUCCCAGGCCGAGUGGGACCGGGCCAGGCGCAGGAGGACCUUCCGCCUCCUGGUGCUGGUGGUGGCCGUCUUCGGUCUCUGUUGGCUCCCCCUGCACCUCUUCAACAUGAUCAAGGAAAUUGACUUUGAUCUGAUCGACAAGCAGUACUUCAACCUCAUCCAGCUGCUAUGCCACUGGCUGGCCAUGAGCUCGGCCUGCUACAACGCCUUCAUCUACGCCUGGCUCCACCACAGCUUCAGGGGCGAGCUCAAGAAGAUGUUCACCUGGCGAACCCAGAAGGUGGCUCCCACUGCUCACUGUGUGAUGGCCAGUGUGGUCCUGUAAACAGAGCAGGGUUCCAGCCCUUAACUGCGAAUGACUGUUUGCAACAUCUACGAUCACAAUUGAAAAGAAAUAAUUUAAUUAAUAAAAGGAUCCACAUAUUUCAUCAGUUAGGAAGAUUGUUUGGCUCAAUGCUAGAUUCUGAUUAAAAAUUGUGAAGAAUACUUCCUAUCUGUACGAUUCCUCGAUUGUUCCAGAAAACUGGAGUACUCAUACUGGAACAUUCAGCUUGAUCACUUGACCAGUACUGUUGAUGAACUGUCUGCAAUCCAAUAAUAGAUGAUGCAGCUUGACUCCACAAUCAAUCCACGAAAAUGUAAACUGACCCUCAAGGUUCAGUCAGACUUUCUUCCUAUUGCUGUGGGCCCUGUGGGAAUCCAUAAACCAGAACAACUAAAUGAACUGAAACCCUCCAACUCCCACGCCCCAUCCGCAACACCAUAAAGUGAAGAAAUUACUUGGCAAAAUUUCACUUUUUGUAAAUUGUACUUUAACAUGAGUCAGUCCAAACAUCAAUUAAAUAAUAAUUAACAGGCAAAUCACAGUCAAAACAAAAAAUAAAAUUAUACUAGAACAAUAGACAGUCUUUGUUCUAUCUAAUAGAGUUAAUAGGCAGUCUACUGUAUCUAUCCCACUUUUAAUCAUAUUGUUCCUUCCAGCAGAAUAUCAAAGCCUUUCCUUCACACAUUUAGCUUGUUCACUGCAGGCAACAGGUUCAAUAUCAACAGGGUUCCACCUAUGCAAUCAUCAUAUAGAGUGUGCUUCUUUCCAGAACCCUCCUAACCCUCAGCUCCCAUUGAAUUGUGAUCCACCAGAAUGUUACUAUUUAAGCUUUCCCCUUUCCAUUUUGUACCCAUCUUCAGUACAGCUUCUGUAUUUUAACUUCCUGUUCGUAGUUUCCAGGUCAAGGGUCUCCAGGCCACAUGACUAGUAUUGUAUGUUACCAUAAAAUUAUAAUUGACCCUUUUACAAGUGCCACAUAUGCUUAAAUGUCCCUUUCAAUUUGAAAUAUAUAUAUGUUUAAUAUAAAACAAUUGCGGAUUCCUCUGGGUCAAAAGCCAUCACAGUUCAAUGGGUUUAGGUUUGAGUUUCUCUCCCCAUGGCAACGGGAUGCCACGGAUACAUCUCUAGAGAUGCUUAUCCAGAUUUAACUUUUUGAGUUAAAGUUAUAUUUCAGUACAUAGCUGUGUGUAAGAUUCAGAGUUUAUGACACUGUACGUCAGCCCUGUUGAAGGUUGCUUUUUUAUGUAAUGUACAUAUGUUAUUUAUUAUAUCAGAUGAGACAAGGCCCACAUUUGUUACCCAUCACUGACUGCCCUUGAGGUGAAUGGCUUGGUAGACCAUUUCAGAGCACUAACCUAAUUGUAGCCACAAAAGCUAGUGCAUUGAUGACCAAGUAACCACUGUUGAUUAUUAUCGAAAACUACCUGGUUCAUUAAUGAUCUUUAAGCUCGAAAGUCUGCAAUCCUCCCUUGUCUGGCCUACAUGUGACUCCAGACCACAGUAAUGUGGCUGACUCUUAAUCUGCCUCUGAAAUAGCCAAGCCAACCUCUCAGGGUAAUUAAAGAUCAGCAAUGAAUGCUGACCUUGUCAGCGACACCAAAGGACUUGCCCUGUGCUGGCUGUUCCAAUACAGCUCUGAACGAGACUGGCUUCUUCCUGAGUGAACCGAAGAAGCAGGUGAGAGUAGAAAGUGCUGUCUUCAGCAAGAUUGUUAAGCCCAUGACUGAAUUAAGAGUGUGGUUCUGGAAAAGCACAGCGGGUGAGGCAGCAUCUGAAGAGCAGGAGAAUCGAUGUU